AUGGCCCAUCCAACCACCGAAUGGGUCGAGUUCUUUGAUCCCGACGGAGAAGCGAAGUACGCUCAAGACGGAUUUGUCUACGCGUUCCUGGCUCGAGUCAAACCUCGAGAUGGAUACGAAGUCGGCUAUCUAUACAAAUGCGAAGCCAGAGAAUGCAACGUGAAAAUUCGUUUUGACGAAAAGGAGGAUGGCUGUUAUGAACUUCAAAAUUCAUGGCGGAUGAGGAGAGUGAGUUGCAAAAGUCAGAUUCAUGUAGCUGAUUUUAGAGACUUCAUCAGCAUCCACCGGACUAUGCAGGAGUAGCCGCACAAAUCGCGGAAUCUGAAGCAAGACCGAGGACUCAGAGAGGCAACAAUGAAAAAACAACUGGGAAUUUCAGAACUGACGAUCGAAACAGGGAACAAAAGGGAAGAAGAUCGAGAAAUCAGAGAAAGGCUCAAACUGCCAGGCAGUCUGACGACAACAAAGAAAACAACCAUCCCAAUUCCGAUUCAAGCCAGGACAACAACAACUCCCAUGGACAGCGCAACAAGAAUCCUUCACAGUCGAGUACAAAGGCGAAGAGAAAAAGAAGAAACAAAAAAGGAACUAAUCCUACAACGAUCCUACAACCAAUUCAACAAGAUACUCCGACAAAUUCUGCAGGAAAUUCGUCGACCCUUCCGAAAAUGAAAUCACCGAUUUCUAGGACUAACGGUGUAGACCGGAAGAACCCAACCCAAUCCGAAAAAGGCGCACCAUCGACAAGAAAGAUGCAUAAAGCGGUGGUUAGAUCAGCUCCUACAACCACCAGACCAGCUCCGCCAGCUAGGCCGGCUUCUCCAGUCCGACAAGCAUUAGCCAGGACAACAGCCGUGGCUAGACCCUCCGGCAUUCUUGCUUGCAGGCCGGGGACUUCAGGCUUUACCGCCCCGAGGCCGCCAUCCCCUGCCAAUUCUAUGGGUAGAUUGCCGCUCCAUGAGAGACCUGUUCCAUCAGCUCCCUGUUUAGAAUUGUGGGAAGAAUCGCCAAGCGGACGAAACUUUUUCAACGACCAGCAGCAAAUCCUGAACGACGAAGCAUACGCUCGCCUUUUGGCAAGCCAAUGGGUAAGUUCGACGACUUCUAAAAGUUUUCAGCAAGUCUUAACUUUGUUUCUCGACACCUGAUAUUCAUCUAGGCUUCAUGGAAAUUAGACAGAAAUAGAUUGGACAGGGGGAAUUGGACAGUGUGAAAUUGGACAGAUUUUUUCGCUGCAAUCGUAUGAAACGUCACAAUUUAAUUAUUUUUUUGCAGUGAAAAAAUCUGUCCAAUUUCCACACUCCGUCCAAUUAAUUUCUGUCCAAUUUCCAUGAAGCCCUCAUUUAUACCCGCCACAUUAGGUAUUGCCGCUAAACCAUUAUCUUAAAGGCUUCUGAAGUCGCGACUGCUCGUGAAACACAACCUCCGAAUGUUCCCCCCGUACCACAAGCCUCACCUGUUGUGAGUCAACCACAGACGACUCCAACAAACUUUCUAGGACGGGUCUUGAGCUUCGUCUUUAAACGCUCAGCACAGCCACUGCCACGCGCUGAUCUCUCGCAUAUUUCUGGUAAGCUUUGCUAAACAAAUACUCCAUAAAAAACCAUCCCCAAAACCCGGGAAAUUCCCUGACGAAACAUUAUAUUUCUAUUGUUUUAGAAUCAGAAUGCGUAAUCUGCUUCGAAACCGUCCGCGAUGAAGUCAAAUGUCAAGCUUGCAGGCAGGUUAUCGGCUGCCAAGUGUGCGUUCAGCGCUGGAUGAGCGAAGGAUUCGGUGCUGGCUCAUGCCCUCUUUGCCGAGGUGCUAUUAGAAAUCGGUACCUCUAA